UUCAAGAUCUAUGUAUACAAAUUCUUAAAUACAUCACUAUUAUACAUAUAUUGUUAAUAGAGUACUGUCAACAAUUUUGGAUAAUAUCUAUUAAGAAUCCAGAGUAUUGAAAGCAUCUGUUAAUUGUCUGAGGUCCUCAAGAAUCCUAAGAAAUUUUAUAGAAAAUUAAAUAACUUAUAAAUGUCCUAAAGAAAGUUAAAAGAAUUCACAGUAGUUCCACUGAAGCUUGAGGAGCUUAGGGAGAUCUGUAACCAUAAAACUCAGGGAGAUCUUGAAAAUUGUGGAGAUCCUAAGAAGAGCUAAAAAUCCGAGGGAGGUCCUAGAAAAUAUAUAAUUGACAAAAGUGGUGGAAGAAUCGAGGUUUCUAAAAAGACCUUGGCAAAAAGAUCUAAGUGCCAAAAACAGUCUUAGAAUUGAGCAAUCUAAGAGGUCCCAGGGAGACUUAAGUUCCUCUACAUGUAUGUACACACUUGCAAAUGAACGUCCGACGCAAAUGGACGUGAUUAUGCAUGCUCGUGUGGCCCCAGCCGUAGGAUUCACGGUGCCCCAUGCCAGACGAACCUUAUCGACUUUAUCCAUCGACCCCAGGUAUAGGCUAGUCAGGAACGCGACAAACCGAGACGAUCUAAUCCGUGGUCGGUGUACGAGAAACUGGAGAACGGUUCUCCAUUGGUCGACCGGAGGAAAGUGAGUAAUUUACGUGGUGCUGGAGGUGGAAACCAGCAGUAGGAGGAGGUAGGGGAGCGAAAGUGAACACAGCUCCAAGAAUGGGCAGGAAGAGACGGGCUCCUUGAGCCAGCGGCUGAUACUUUUGACGUAGGAGCAUUGUUAUCGACGUUUUACCGUCGAUCCGUCGAUACCCGGUUCGUUUUAUUCUUGACCGGUUGGCUCGAAAUUAUCAUCGUGCGUGCGUGGAAAAUGAAAGCGAGGAACGACGCGAUCGUCGGAUCGAGGAGAGCCUACCUGGCGCUGUGAGAUUCCCCGCCAGACCAGUUCCAAACAGAGAAACGUAUCGUGUGCAAGGUUAUAGCAGUGCUGUGCCAGUGAUUCUCACUGACAUGCAUGCACAAAUUUUGCUCGUCAAUCAUCGUGAAACAGUUCCGACCUUAGCUAAACGUUCCACCUAAUCCUGAUCCUGAACAGCCGAAAACAUGACGCGAAAACUGAGCAAGUUCCUGAUACUCUUCGACAACACCAACCUCCUGUAUUUCCCGGGACACUUUUUGUCGGGAAGAGUACUCAUCGAGCUGGAUGACGAGGCCUAUGUUUCAGGGUUGCAUUUUCACGUAAUCGGCGAAGGAGUGGUCCGUGUACGCAGCCAACGGGCCGAGAGGGUUUACGACAAAGAAAACUACAUUGAUUUUCGUAUGAGAUUACUGGGUGAGCCAGGAGAGGGACCAUCGCUGCUAUCACCGGGAAUCCAUAGCUUUCCAUUCAAAUUAGGCUUGCCUUUGGGUCUGCCGUCUACUUUCUUGGGUAAACAUGGCUGGGUACAGUAUUAUUGCAAGGCUGCGCUUCGUGAACCCGGUGGCUUGACUCAUAAGAAUCAACAAGUCUUCAUCGUGAUGAACCCCAUCGAUCUGAAUUUGGAACAACCAAUUUUAGCGCAACCAGCAAGACAGGAAAUUGAACAACGGGUCGGAGUGUCUUGCGUUUCCGGAGGACCAGUAUUUUGCAGAGUGAGCCUCGACCGAGGCGGAUACGUACCUGGUGAAACUAUUGGCAUUUCAGCGACUGUCAGCAAUCGAAGCAAAGUAACGAUGAAGUCGACUAAAGCAUCCUUGACCGAAACGAUCCAGUACCGGUGUCGAGGUAAAGUACUCGCAAGCGAGACAAGAGAGUUGGCAAGUGUUUCCCGAGGGAAGAUCCGUCCUGGUGAAGGGGAAGAGUGGCUGAACGAACAAAUGUACGUUCCGCCCUUACCACCCACUAAUCUUCGUGGCUGCAAUCUCAUCAACGUUCUUUAUCACGUCUACUUCGUGAUAAGUCCGAAGAGCUUGGAUAAAGAGAUCAAGCUACAAAUACCAAUUGUCCUGGCGACGUAUCCUUUGAGACAGGAAGGUGCUCCAGCGGGAACUGCACCGUCGAAAAGGGGAGCACAUUACCCGUCGACCCUGCCGAUAUUUCGGCCGUGGUUGGACGAUAAAGCUUUCGAAAUACAAGAGUGAACGUUUAAUUAACUUUCUCCGAUGGCCUUGAUACAAAACUGUUGACAGAAUGAUAUAAAACAAUGAAGAACCUACGACCCUUCGACAGAGUUAAUACGCUUAUAACAAUGUUUAUUUUUCGAUCAAACUAAAUUUAACUGAACUAAAAUACAAACGAGGACUAAAAGUACUUAUUAUAUUCACAUUCCAUGUAUUUUCGUACUUUUUACUAAAUUUAGAAACUAGGUAGGGAAUAUACAAAUCUAGGUAUUAAAAAACCAAUGUAGAUUUAGGGACUAUGUUAAUACUUUGUAAAUGUCGCGUUGCGAAUUAAACGUAUUGUAAAAAAUAUUCUCUGCAUAUUCUUAAGUAUAGAUUAGUGAACAUUCGAUUUACGUGUCGAAUAAAAAUCCAAAUUAUUAGCGAAGCUUUUAGGUACUUAUUUAACUGCCGAAAUUAAUGUUAUUAUUAACAAAAUAUUUUUACAAGAUGUAUAAAAUUACGUGUUCACAUCGACGAAACUGCCAUAUUUAUGUAUGAUAAAUAUGACUCGUGAAAAGAGA